AAUAAAUCUUAUUUUAUAACUACAAGAAAAUCCACUAAACAAGCUUCCAAUUAAAGUAAUUUAAACAAAUUGUUAAUAUUUAAAGAAAUGUUUAUGGUAAAAAUUAUAUAAUUAUGAAAGAAAAUCAUGAGUGUUUGUGAAUUUUUGCAAAAAAAAGAAAAUAAAACAAAAAGUACAACAAUAUUAAAGUGUAAAAUAAUAGAAAAAAACAACGAAAUAAAAUUAUCUGUGUUGGGUUUAGUAACGCAAAUAAAUGAUAGAACAAGCUAAUCUAUUUUUUUGGGCAAAACACAAUUGAUUAACAUUAAUUAUAGUUUAUAAAAUUUGUUUAAAUUCCAUGUAGUGCAAAAAAAAGAGUUGAUAAAUGAUAAAAGCUAUUUGCAGCUUAUAAGAGUGUGUGAUUGUGUUGAUUUUUUUCCCCAACUCAAUGAAUGAGCUACAAUGAUUGUACAAAUAAUAAACAACUAAACAAAAUCGGAAAAAAUAAAAUAAAUAUCAAACGGUGUGAAGCUUCUCUCCAAAUAAAAAUAUUAAGUACCAGACAACGACAUCGCCAACAUUUUGUUUGUUUGUUAUUUGUUUAAGGGGGAAAAGAAAUUGCAGUGUUUAAUUUUGGCUGUUGUUAAUUUGGAAAGUCUGUAAUUGAAAUUGUUAGCCAAAAUGUCGGCUGAAGACAGCGAGCUGGACCCGCGUAUAAAGAUUGAAUUGGAGAAUCUGAAUACAGCCACUGAUGAGAUUAAUAAAUUGGAAAUUGAAUUAGAGGAAGCAAAUUCAACAUUUCGCAUAUUAAUGAAUGAAUCUACUAGACGCUUAAAAUUAUCCUCCAAAAAACUAGGCAGUUGUAUAGAUAAGGCUAGACCUUAUUAUGAGGCUUUGGAAAAGGCCCGUGAAGCACAAAUUGAGUGCCAAAAGGCGGCAGUUAAAUUUCAAAGAGCCAAUGAAAUCCAUGCGGCCGCCAAAGAAACUGUGGCUCUGGCCGAGCAACGUUUCAUGUCUAACUCACACGAGUGGCAAUUUGAUAAUGCCUGGCAAGAGAUGCUAAAUCAUGCCACCCAAAAAGUUAUGGAUGCUGAGAAACAAAAGGCCGACUGUCAUGCUGAGCAUCAACGUCGCACCCGCAUAUUCCAUGCAGCCGAACAAAAAGUCCAACAAUUAGAGGAACGUUUUCGUCGCAGUAUUACAAAAUCCCGACCCUAUUUCGAAGAGAAACAAAUAUGCCAAGAUCAAUUACAAACCCAAAAGAAUCGCAUUGAAGAACUACAAGUCCAAGUGCAAACAGCUAAGAGUACCUAUGCCACGGCCUUGCGUAAUCUAGAGCGCAUCAGCGAUGAUAUACACCGUCAAAGAGGCGACUAUCCCCAGCUGCUGAAUACUCCACCGCCCGGACCUCGAGAGCCAGGAGUGGGUGCCGAGCUUAAUUCUCCCACUAGCACCACCAUGCCAUCCUUGCCCGACUACCACAUGGAAUUGGAUAAAUGUGAUUAUCCUUCUAUAGCCGGCAGUCAAAUAUCUCUAAGUGGUCAAUCGGAAAAAUCCUCUGAAACAGCUUGUUCCAGCAAGAAUCUAACACAAACUACCAGCAACAACCUCAAUAAGAAUGCCGCACCCUUAGCCAUAUUGGCAUCAAAGGCAGAUACGGAAAUCGAUGAAGAAGAUGAUGUUGUUAUAAAACAACAUUAUGGCAGCCACGAUGCCGAAGAUUAUCCCGAUGAACAGGUCGAUGACUACAAUGAUAGCAGUGAGCUUAAUUCGGGUCUAGUCGAUGAGAAAGAUCUCGAAGCUUUAAGACAACAAGUUAAAUUUUUAGCGGUAAGACCCAUAGAGGGUGGUGAUGGUCAGCAGGAGCAAAAUGAUGUCUGGGAGCAUGAGUUAAAUGCCACGGUAGAUAAACUCGACCAUUUAAUGUUACUUAAAGAGUGUGCUAAACAACAGCAGCAGCAACAAACUCAACAACAUUCAACUAAAAUCAAAAACAUUUCGGCGCGUCCCGAUUCUUUGGGAGCUGAGGCUUGUCCUCCAAAAAAUCCCAUCAUAAAAGUAACACAAGAUGUCGAUGUGGUCAACAGUCUACCCACAACACCAGAACAUGUGGUGAAACCCUUGAAAAAAUUACAAAAACUCGAACCCUUGCCUUUGGUUAAUGUUUCCAUGAGAGAACUACCUUUACUCGCACGUCUUUCAAAUGAAGUACUCGAUACCAGCAGUGGUUAUAAUAGGCAACGUAGACGUUCGCUUGAUUAAGUUUAAAACAUUGUAAAUUCACAAAUUAUAAUUAUAAUUCAUAUAUAAUAAGUUUAAUUGUUAGUUAUGGUAACAUUGUUCGGCUAAUUAAUUUAAAAUAAAAAAAUUAAAAUAAAUUUUAGAAUUUUAAUGAAAACAAGCAGCAUUAACGAUCAAUUUAAUUAAUAACAAAAACCAACAAAAUAGUAUACCUUCAUUUUAUAAUUUCUCUCUCUCUUAAUACAUAAAUAAUUUAAUUAAUUAAUUAAUUUUUUUAAUGAAAUCUUACCGCAAAAUAAUUAUAAUUAAAAUAAUAAUGUUAAUGUGAUAAUUUAUUAAAAUUACAAAAAUUAGUUAUAGAUUUGAAAAAAGAAACAGAAAAACAAACAAUAAAAUCGUUUCAUUUGCAGCUUUAAUGCUUUAUGUUAAAAAAGUAAAAACAAACAAGUAGAGUUAAAUUAAAUAUAAUUUUUUUAAAACUAAAAUUAAAUUUCAACUAAUUGAUUGUGGUUAUAAAAAUAUAAGUAUAAUUAUUUGUUUUAAAAAUAUACUAAAACUAUUCCAUAUAGUAUAAACUUAAUAUGAAAUUAAACAUAUUGUUAAAAACAAAAUUCAAUGAAUUCAUAUUUAAUAAAUUUCAAAAAGAGUGCAUUGCAAGCUGUAUUAGUAAGUUUUAAAAAGAAAAGUUGUAAAAAUAAAAAAACAAAACAAACAAAAAUUAAAUAAAUCAUUAAAUCAUA